AGAAAGCAUGUUGGAUGGUCCAUCGGGUGUCGCAUGAGCAAUUCAGCGGAUCCAGUGAACGAACAUGGACAUGGAAGAAACAGGAGGCACCGCUGGCACCGUCCGGACCGUGUCCCGGCGACUGGUCCGGCCGUCGAACGGCAACGCGCCGCCGCGGGAGGACAUCCACCUCACUCCCUGGGAUCUCCGCUUGAUCAGCGUAGUCUACAUCCAGAAGGGCCUCCUUCUGCCCGCGCCUCCCGCCGGCGGCGACCGCCUCGUCGGCACCCUCGCGUCGUCCCUGGCUCGCGCCCUGGACAGGUACUACCACUUGGCCGGCCGUCUCGCCGUUGAGGAGCGGGGCGACGGGACCGUCAACGUCAAGCUGCGCUGCACCGGGGAGGGCGCCGAGCUCGUCCACGCGACGACGCCCGGCGUCGCCGUCGCGGACAUCGCCGGCUCGCUGUACACCCCGUCGUCGGUCGUCUGGGCCUUGUUUCCGUUGAACGGGGUGCUUGGCGCGGACGCGGCCGUCGAUUCGCUCCCCGUGCUGUCGGUGCAGGUCACCGAGCUCGCCGACGGCGUGUUCGUCGGCGUGUCGCUGAACCACUCCGUCGGCGACGGCUUCGUCUUUUGGGAGUUCUUGAACGCUUGGUCGGAGAUCAACCGGGGAGGAGGAGCAACCAGCGACCUAAGCAAGAUCUCCGCGCGGGUGCACCGGAGGUGGUUCACUGAUGCCAGCCCCGUGCCGAUCCCCCUGCCUUUCGGUAAGCUGCAGCACGCCGUCCGGCGGUUCGAACCCCCGACCGUGCAAGAGUGUUUCUUCACCUUCUCCGCCUCGAGCGUCAAGGAGCUCAAGGCGCGGGCGAACGACGAGAUGGCGGGCACGGCCACCGCCACCAUCUCCUCUCUCCAGGCCCUGCUCGCGCACCUGUGGCGAGCGGUCUCCCGAGCACGGCGCCUGCCGCCGGGGAAGGAGACGUCCUACAACCUGGCCGUCGGAUGCCGAGGGCGCCUGAGCGGCAUACCGCCGGGAUACAUGGGCAACGCUCUAGUGCCCGGCACGGCGAGCUGCACCGUCGGCGAGAUCCAGAGCAGGGGGCUGGGCUGGACGGCGUGGCAGCUGAACCGCGCGGUGGCGUCGUUCGACGAGGAGGCCGUGAGGGAGUGGCUGGAGAGCUGGACCAGGGAGCCGCAGUUCCGGUACUUUGGGAGCCUUAUGUCCGGAGGCGCGGCGCUGACGACCGGGAGCUCGCCGCGGUUCGACGUGUUCGGGAACGACUUUGGGUGGGGGAAGCCGGCCGCCGUGCGUAGCGGCCGCGAGGGCAAGAUGGACGGGAAGGCGACGGUGUACGAGGGGCCGGAGCGGGGAGGGAGCAUGUCGCUGGAGGUGUGCAUCGCGCCUGACGCGAUGGAGAGGCUCGUCGCCGACGAGGAGUUCAUGGACGCCGUCACGAGGUUGCCGGCCAAACAUGGGUGAUCAAUUUCUAACUAGUCUCAUGUGAUGUUCAACAAUCUCGCUCUAAUAAUCUUGACAAAUUUGCACUGAUCCAGACAGAAUCAAGUGCUUCUCAUUAAAGUUAUUGCAAGAAUAUAACAGAUGUUAUUAGUUUGAGUUUUCUUCUUUAUGGAUCAUAGCAAUGACCUAUACAUGAAUGUUGCCUGAAGAAGCGAAUGCUGUACUCUUAGUUCAACUUCUGCGACGUGUUAGGACCUAGGAGUGCAUUGUGUAGAAGUGAAUAGGAAGCUAAUUUUGCAAGAAUUUGUUGAUCAAAUGAGCAUCUGGCUUGAAUGUCUAUUCUGCUGCGGUGUUUGGGCUAUGCUUCGACUUGGCUAGUAAUCCAUCAUGGGAUGGCGGGCACCUUCUUCUCCUUGAGGAUUGGUGGAACAUGAAAAAUGUUGAUCGAAUCAGAUGUUGUUGCUCGCAAACGAUUCGGCCAAGUGGUUACCUAUGUUUCGUGGAACG